AUGCAUCUGCCGCUGCUACACUGGCGGCUCCUCGCAGCACUCCUGUUAGUCACGGGAGUGGCGGGCCAGACGUGUUACUGGCCCAACGGCGUCGAGGCGACGCAGGCGGUAGCUUGUCCCGUGGCGGGCGGUACCGAGGUCGCGGCGUGCUGCUUCCAGAAUCACUACUGCAUGAGUAACGGCCUCUGCUUUUCGCAGACGGAGCUGAAUUUCUACCGCGGCGCCUGUACGGAUCAAAACUGGACGCGGAGUGGGUGUCCAAAGUAUUGCGACAAGGAGGAAAUGAUCGGCGGAGUUCCUGGCCGGCAUUGUGGCGUCGCAUUAUGCGGUGACAAAAAGUUCGCAUGCCAGACCUCUGGCAACUGCGCCAACUACACUUUUGGCGUCCCCGCGGGCAAGAUGCUGCUCAACAAGUACCUCCAAUCGGACCUCAGCGACCUCGUAGAGACGGCGGCGAUCGCGACCGCGACAGUAGGACAGAGUACCGGGACCGCGAGCGCCGCCGCAACGUGCUCCGCGACGGCAGCAGAGUCCAGUAUCAGCAGCGGGAUCUCGACAGGAGCAGCGGCGGGGAUCGGGGUGGGCAUCGGCGCCCCGCUGGCGCUGGCGAUCGUGGCGCUGACCGUCAUGUUACUGCGCGAGAAGAGGAAGACGAGGGCGGCGCUGUCGAGUCAGGUGGAUUCUUCCGGGACGGGCCCGUCUUCGCCGUGGGCCAAGUCGGAGCGGACGGCGUAUGUGCCGUUUGAGGUUCAUGGACAGCCGGUGCCGAAUGAGUUGUCUAGUAGCCGCGAUAGGAGACACGAGCUUUCUUGA